AUGCAGGAUGAGUCGGCUGCCGAGCUGCGCACCCUGUCGGAGCGUGAUGGCGUCGACAGCAUCGCCGGCGGAUACCGUGAUGUCCCAGAUACAUCCUCGCCCGCGUCGCAGUCACCUGCAUCACCAGCAUCACCAGCAUCACCAGCACCUGCGCUGCCCGCCAAGACCACCUGGCUGCAGCGCAACCAAUGGAUCGCCCUGGCCCUCGCCAGCGGUGCCUGCGCCGCCUUCAACGGUGUUUUUGCGAAGCUGACCACCACCGAGCUGACCACGCGCCUGUCGCAGGCCGUCGCCGGUGCCCUCGGCCUGGAUGCUGCCGAAUCGGCCGUCGAGGUGGUCGUCAGAGGCACCUUUUUUGCCCUCAAUCUCGUGUUUAACGGUGUGAUGUGGACCCUCUUCACUCGCGCCCUCGCGCGCGGCCUCUCCGCCACCCAGGUCUCCAUUAUGAACACCUCGGCCAACUUUGUCCUGACCGCGCUGCUGGGCCUUGCCAUCUUUUCCGAGGCUCUGCCGCCGUUGUGGUGGGUGGGUGCGGCCAUGCUGGUGGCCGGCAACGUCAUCAUCGGGCGCAAGGACGAGGGCAAGGACGAGGGCAAGGCCGAUGCGGCGGCGGCGGCGGCAACCACAGCCGAGGGAGAUGCAGACGACACAGACGCCACCACCACCAGCCACCCGGACACGAAACUGGACGAGGGUCGCCGGCGCUCGUCACGGCGGCUGGCAGCACAGCGUCGAGGAAAUGCGUCCGGCACGAAGACGUCGCCGGCGUCAACGCCUACCAGUCGGUACAAAGACGACGAAAGUAGCGGUGACGAAGACUUUGCCCAGAUCUAA